CUUCCAAGACUUCGAGCGAGAUCUAUGAAGUCUUAUAGGCUGGCCGCACUAGCCCUAGAGGAAGGAAAUUUUGCCGCGUGACAUAACCACCAGAUACAGAAAUGCGACAAGUUCUCGUCAGCAGACGAUGGCCUCAAUUCCUGAUAUCUUUAUUCCGACUACCUAAGCAUGAUUUGCCAAAACUAAAUACUCUCCUUUUCGUCGCCGGAUGGGUUCGCUGAGCGGUUCGCGUUGCCCUGUUUGAACAUAUGCAUUGAACCCCAGGUCGUUUUUUGGAUAAUAACUCGCGCUGUCAUGCCGCACUUAAGAGAUCAAGCGCUUGUUUCAAUCUCAUGCCAGCGGCAAAACCGAUUGCCAAUCUCCCUAACGACAAACCCUCGACCGGGACAGGACCUUUCCUGCCUGCGGAAACUCACUGCCAACUCACUGUUUUCCUUCGUCUUGUCCUCCGUGUCGCGAGCUGGAGGUGCCAUAUUGAAUCUCAGGGCUAAGCCUGCGAAGGCGGAGGAGUUGAGAAUCAAAGAGAGAAAACACGUACUUUCCCUGAGACUUCGCGAUGCUACUACACUCCACGAUUGGUUGGAGAUUGCGGGGGAGCUUGAUGAACUAGAUGGUAACAAUGACUGGAAGGCGACUUUUGAAUGUGACGAAUAUGACCCGAUGCUUGUUCAACGGAGGCUAUCUCAGCUCGAGAAGGCCCAGCGUAGCUGUGACGCAGCAGCUAUGAUCCAUAUUAUCCGUACCUCUCUCAGUCGCGAUCUUGGAGGGAUGACAAAUAAGAAUAUAUAUAAGCAUUCACGGAUCGGGACGAAGAAUCUGAUAGAUCAGUAUAUCACGACCGCUGCUGAAACGCUAUCAACUUUAUUGGAUGUGUCGCGAAAGUAUGAUUUCGAUGGCUCCGAGUCGAGAUACUUGUUGGAACAACUCCUCGCGGCUCGUCAAGCCUUUGGUCGAAGUGCACUUCUACUUUCAGGAGGCGCCACCUUUGGCAUGAAUCAUAUCGGUGUUGCGAAAGCACUUUGGGAGACACGAUUGUUGCCACGCAUUAUCUCUGGUUCCUCGGCGGGUAGUAUUGUUGGUGCGGUUCUGUGCGUCUAUACAGAUGAGGAAAUGCCUGAGAUCCUUGCAAAUGUUGGAUAUGGCGAUUUUUCCGUGUUCAGUGACGAUGAUGAUAGGUUGCAAGUAUUUCAACGGCUGAUGAGGUUUAUUAAGCACGGCUCAUUUUAUGACAUCGCGCACUUGACCCGAGUGAUGAGGGACUUGUUGGGUGACGUGACAUUCCAGGAGGCUUACAAUAGAACAAGAAGGAUUUUAAACAUUGGGGUCUCUAAUGCUGGUAUUUACGAGUUGCCAAGAUUGCUAAACUAUAUCACCGCCCCGAAUGUUCUGAUUUGGUCUGCAGUGGCCACGUCUUGUUCCGUUCCGCUAAUCUUUUCGUCGUCAUCCUUAAUGGCGAAGGAUCCGAUCACUGGAGAUGUGACGGAGUGGCACGAUGCCCCUCAUCGAUGGAUCGACGGCUCAGUUGACCAUGAUUUGCCAAUGACACGUUUAUCAGAAAUGUUCAAUGUCAACCAUUUCAUAGUUUCUCAGGUUAAUCCACACGUUGUCCCUUUCAUUCCACACGAAGAGACCUUCUUUUUCAGCGGUGUCGUGGAAAAGCAGCUGGAGUCCAGCUGGAUGCAAUAUCUGACCGGGGUAGCAAGAGAGGAGGCAUUGCAUCGAAUGCAUAUUCUUUCUGAAAUCGGGGUAUUUCCUAAUAUCCUAAGGAAGCUCAGAUCCAUUAUGAGCCAAAGAUAUCACGGGGACAUCAAUAUCCUUCCUCAGAUUCCCUAUGACGUUUUCCCAAAUAUCCUAAGAAACCCUACUUCGGAAUUUAUGGUACAAGCUUGCCUCUCUGGUGAACGAGCGACUUGGCCCAAACUAGGAAGGAUAAGGAAUCAUUGUGCAGUUGAACUCGCCCUAGACUCUGCUGUCCAAACCAUGCGAGCUAGAGUUAUUUUCCGUGUCGACCGUGUCGAUCCUCUGGUACGCACAGUCAUUGCACGGACCCCAGAUCAGUCCGCGCUUCAUCAACGAAGAAUUCGCGCUCAAAGGAGCUGUUCAUUCGAUGCAAAGGCUGGUGAGGUCUCACAGGCGAUUCGGCGUCCUGCUCAUAAACUCCGCAAAUCGCGAAGUUCAGCGUCGCAUGAGAAUUUUGGCUUCGAUAUCACCUAUUCACGAAUACCCACAGAAGGACUCGGCAUCCGACCGCAGAAGCAGAAGUUGUCAAUGAUAUCCACGUCCCAGAAAACCAGCAAUAGCAGUCCUUUUACUCUUGGUUUAGAGCCAGAGGAGGACCAGUUGGACAUUGAACUGCCUCAGAAUUUUCGGCUCCCUGAACCAAUUUUGCCGAACGAAACACCUUAUUCGAACAUGUCAGAAUGGGCAAGCGCUAGUAGGACGCAAAGCCCCGCUCGGUCACGUCGUCCCUCCAACGCGCAGGUCUCAGCCACAAUUCCAACCCCUUCGACGGUGGCGGCUACAGCAGUCCUGUCUGCAGCCGCAUUACCCGCACUCAUCAUGAGCUCUGGAUCCGCGGCUGGUGCUACUUCCCCUUCAGAGCAAUACCGACGCACGUUUCGUCAGUCGUCAGAUUCAAGCUACUAAUGGUAUGGUGGCAGCGUUUCGGAUUGUCAAUCUCCUUCGUUUGUGGAAGGGUUGGCAUCAAGGAUCUGGAACAGUACUACAUUCCCACAUUGUUAGCGCUGUGUUAUUUUCCUUGCAUGCGCGGACAUCUCUGGAGGAUUCGGAUGGUUUUGUGGCAAGGCCAUGCCGUAGUGUGUUGGAAUGAUCAGGUGGGAAUGUGCUCCGAACAGGGACAGUUAUUAUGUCUCGUCAAGAACCUAUUUCAUGUGAAGUACUGCCUUCCAACUUCCCAAUCGAAGCAUUAUUUGAGAAUUCCUCGUCGUUUGAGACGGACUAGAUAGACAUAAUAAAGGCUAUAUUUACUUUCUGUAUAUUGGUCAAAUGUUAACUCCGAUUGUAUGUGCUUGUGAUUAUAGAUACGGGAUGUUCCUCGUCCCGGAUUAGCGCAAAAGAUAGGGUAGGACGUCUUUUAUGAGCAGCUCAAGAAGAAUUUCAUUAUCCUGAAAGUUC